CUGCAUGUAAACAAUACAGAUCUCUCCCCUGUCAGCUCCUGCACACUGCAUAGCAGAGCCAUACAAAGCAGUAUGCUUACAGUGAAGCAGACACACAACCCCCAUAGUGAAACAGCAAACAGUUACCCUUUGAUCGCCCCAGAUGUUAACCCUUUAUGCCCAGUGCCAUUAUACAGUGUCAGUGCUUAUUAUUAGCAUUGAUCACUGUAUUAAUGGCAAUGGGGAUGUCAGUGACAUCAAGUUAGCUCCCCACUGUGUCAGAAUGCCAUCCCGCAGUCCCGCUAUAA